CCUGGUGCAUUCACUCAAAACGCUCAAGUUUUCCAGCAGGUUGGCUGUUCCCCGAGGCUUUCAUCAGAUCCAGACAGGGUUUGUUGUGCACCACCAUUAGAAGACUGAAAAAGCUUCUGUUUUUGUUAAAAGAAAUGAGAGAGGCAUAGAGCAGCGCAACCAGCACCGUGCAUGAGUGAGGGAGAAAGACUUAUGCUUCAUCCAAUGAAAGAAAGAAGGAUCAUGAAGUGGGAGAUUUAUCUUCUCCUUGUGAAGCAACUGGAAAGUGUUACCUCCUGCUCUGAGCCUAGGGUGAUGUGGAAAAAGAUGAGGAAAUAUUGAAAUCAAGUUUUUUUUCAGCAGGUUAAAGUUAUCAAGCCUUUUUCUUAGUUGUCAAACCCCUGUUCAUAAGAGCAAAUUCCUAAAACCCUGCUCAGAGUAAACCUUUGGCAAGGUAUCGGCAUGCUGGAAAUGGCACUGGAGCUGCCAGUGCUUGAGGCUGCUAUGCAAUCACUAGUUUGCUUUUCAGUUUUGAGAUGAAAAAUUGUAUGUCUUUCAAAGUCAAAUACAACAGAAUUCUGUUGCAAGAUUUUAACUAGAAAUCUAAUUAUCUGAUUGAUGAGCAAAAUGAAAUAGAGUUUUCUAAGCAGUUAGUAUGAAACUCCUCACAUUAUAUUUUGUUCUGGGGUUUUGAUUCAUUUGUUUUUGUUAGAACCUCCUCUGGCACUUGUUAUGGGAAAGAUCAGGUGAGGAAAUCAUAGAAAAUGAUCUAAUUUGGGCCAAGAACACCCUCCAGGAGCAGGAGGUGUCCACCAGCUGUAGUGAACAUUCAUCUGGCCCCUUCUGGAGCACUCAAGGAGGGUAAAGAGACGAAGAGCUGGCCCUAAAUAGAACAUGUUUUUAUGUGUAGGAAGUAAUGCAUUUUCAAAGGCCAUGACAUAAAUUGAAGAAGCUAGAGGUCAUUAACUUUGAUCUUGUAGCAGUGCUUAUUCAUUUAAAUGACAGGCAGUAUAAUUAUUUCCUGAAAGGUGAAAAUAGAAGAGAAUCUGUGAUCUACGGUUAAGUGAGAAAAGUACGGAAUAAGACAAUUAGGUUGUUGCUAACCAAUUGCAGGAGAGCCAAGAACGAACACGCUGAAAUUAAACAUGUUUUACAUUAUAUGUGUAAUACAGUUAUGCAUGUGUCUCCUUCUCCAUAAGGAAGCAAGAUGCAUACAUAACAUACACUUGGAUUUAACUUCAAUAUCCUGUGGUUGAUGCUAGAAGAUGACUUAGGCUAUAUAUAUGAGCUAAUGUCGGUUUUGAAAAUAUUUUUGGACAUUGCUAUGUAAGGGAUAAUCUAAAUCUUCUCUGCUACCUCUAGCAGAGACGUACACCAUGUGACUUCUACUUUUGACACCUGUCCCUUCUGCAAGAAAAUGAAAGGUACCUCAGAAUUCAUGGCGUGGGGCCCAGGCUGCCAUUCAUCGAUCACCCAGCAUGUUGGCUUGGCUGGCCUCAGUACUCCAGCUGCACUACUGCAGUAAGCAGUACAUGCUGCGUGCAGAAGUACAAUGGUAUGUCAGACGAUCCAGAACAUUGCCUAUGCUUGUACUCCAGCACAACAGAAAUUUAAACAUGAGUGAAGAUGUAAGAAUUAAAGUUGUGUUUUUUUGGAGUGGAAAAUUCCACUAACCCUGCAUUUUUAAAGGUGAUUGUGGAGGCAUAAUGAUGCAGGGUGUGUUAAGCAGAUAAGGGGGCAGGGGAAGGUCCCACUGUCCUGAAAUAAGGAGGAUGGCUAAGAAAAACAAAACAAACAGUGAUGGAGUCAGCAAGAACAAGAAGCUAUGAAAUCAUGGGCCCCUCCAAUUUAAAAACAAAACAAAACAAAACAAACAAACAAACAAACAACAAACAAACAAACAAACAAAAAACUUUACAUACAGGGCAUAGUAACAAGUGUCAGGCAGGUUGUGAACCUGUAGUACUCAGCCACUGAGGAAACAGGAGGAAGCAAGCAUCAGACAGUAGGGAAUAUAGGGCUACGCUGUACUUCUGUGCAUUGCUGCUUGCAGGAUGCCCACUAUUGCAAUCAUGAAUAAAAAUGGUAAUUCACUGAGAUCCUCACCUGAGCCUUUGCUUUUGGCUGCAGAUUAUCCCUCACAGAGAUGCUUGUCCAGAUAUUUUACCAUGAAUUUGCAGAAGACAGUAUGCUCCAUGUCACCCUGGCAGCAUCCCUUGGGACAAGAGGGAGGCUGCUGGUCCCAGUGCUAGACAAGCAGCAGCAAUCCCUCCGCAAUGUCCAAGUCCUAGCAAGGAGCAGUCUACCUCCACAGCAGGUCACGUCACCGGGUGGGAUACUUGUCCCUGCAGCAGGAGCUCCCUACUAGAAUCACCUUCCACGUCUUCCUGGUGCUGCUGCAAGGCUCCGGCACUGUGGGCUUGAUGACUUUGUUGGACACAGCUCCUAGACCCUCCACUGCUGCCAGGACACUGAACAUGAUCUGUAGCUGCAGCUCUACAGAUGGCGCAGGAAUGAGCCUCCUGGUGCAAGACGUCACCAGCUCCCAGCCUUCAGCAUUGAAGGAGCCACCAUUUCCCAGCCUGAUGAGCACUAACUCCUCUGGGACAGCUGGCAGCUCAGACUUUUGUUUGGAGAUGGUCCUGUCAAGCUCUUUCUCAUUGGAUCUGGAACUGCAGAGCCUGCUGACCUUCUCCUUCGGCUCCUUACUUGGAACAGAGGUCCUCCACCAGCACACACCUCCUGUGAGUGAAGGCAACACUGGCCCAACCAGCAAGGCAUCAGAGCUGGAUGGCUGUGUUUUGCCUCAUUUUGUUGCUCUGAGCUCUAAAUAACAUUUGCUUUUGUCUUGCAGCACAAAUUUCCUGGUAGCUCUUGACGUUGACUUGUCAGUUAAUCACAUGUAGGCUGCUUUGGAUAUGAAUUCUAACUUUUUCCUGUAACUGUGCUAUGCUCAGUUCAAUGUCUGCCAUUCUGUUUAACUCAAAAUUCUUGCAAACAGGUUUGUGGGCUGUUGGUUAUGACUGUGCAGGGAAUUUAACAGUCUCCUCCGUGUUACUCCUCUCAUCUGUAUUGGGUGAUUUAUCACCUGAAUACAGUCUAGCUGGGAGAACACUUGGACUUCUCUGUGUCUCCAGAAAUCAAAGCUCUUCUCCCUAAGGUCUUUCACCAAAAAAAGGCUCACAUGCUUACGUCAAAUUGCAAAUUUUAAAAAUUAGUGACUGUUUCCCUCGGAAAAGAGUGUUUCUAGGCAGGGCGAUGGCGCUCUAAGAUCACAGUUCACUUUAUCCAGCUGUGAACUGCCAAAGCUACGGACUGGGACCUGUAUGUGCCACACCACAAAUGCUGUUCCUUCCAGUCUUUGAAUUAUUCCAUCAACUUUAAAACUCUUUCUUACAUUGAUAGUGUAAUGAUGUUUUCAGCCUUUGCUUUUUCCUCCACAUUCUUCUGCAAGACCCUUUCCCCGCAGCACUUAUUUUUUCAUUUACCAUUGUAAAAACAGAAUGACUUUUCUUUUUGUAGUCAGCAGAGGGAGCUUUGUCACUUCUGCUUUUGAGGCCGGCUCUGUGCUUGUGUGAACUACAGUUCUGCUAGACUUCUGCUAGACGGCGGGGACUUCGCUCACGUGAUAAAGCACCGAAGCCAGGCAAAGAACACAGGGUUUUGUGUUUUGAAUGGACUUUUUCGUCAUUUUUACGUUGUUUAGUUCACAUAAGUUAGAUUCUUUUAGUUCACAGGAAUUAGCUUCUCAUGCCCUACCAUUUCUUUAAAAGAUUCUGGCACAGUGACAGUCACAUACGAAGUUUGACAGAUAUUGGUGGAUCAAGACCUUUCCUAGGUUUUUAAUCUGUUUAUAAUUAGUCACAACAAAUACUACUCGAAGACUGCGCUCUGUUCUAUCUAAACAAAGAACACUGCGUUUUGAAGCAACAGAAUCUUCAUUGAGUAUGGACAAAGAUGUUAUAAUUGUAAACAUGCAUUUGUAUCAGUUAUAACAUCCUAUAAUUAUUAAGGUUGGAAAAGACCUCCAAGAUCAUCUGGUCCAACUGCUCCCCUACCACCAAUAUCACCCACGAAACCAUGACCCUAAGCACAAUGUCCAACCUCAGUGAGGAGUUAGAGCGGAGAUUUCCAUCCUCGCACGUCCACAGGGCCCUCUGCACGUGAGUGUGCCAGAGGGAGGAACAAGUAUGAUGUCUCCAGGACAUGACAUCUUCAUUGAGUAUGGACAAAGAUGUUAUAAUUGUAAACAUGCAUUUGUAUCAGUUAUAACAUCCUAUAAUUAUUAAGGUUGGAAAAGACCUCCAAGAUCAUCUGGUCCAACUGCUCCCCUACCACCAAUAUCACCCACGAAACCAUGACCCUAAGCACAAUGUCCAACCUCAGUGAGGAGUUAGAGCGGAGAUUUCCAUCCUCGCACGUCCACAGGGCCCUCUGCACGUGAGUGUGCCAGAGGGAGGAACAAGUAUGAUGUCUCCAGGACGUGACAUCUUCCCCGCCAUGUCCCCUGUGGAUCCCCUGUCAGGCCAGGCUCUGGGGACAAUGGUGACAUCACAGUCCAGGAGGUGGCUGGGGACAGCAGCCACAGGAACCAUAACCCCUGGGAAAGCAGCACUGUUUCUGCUAUGAGGGGCACGUUGCUCAUCUUUGUACCACUCCUAACCUCAGCAAGGAUGACCAGACAAUUUACUUUACCUUCUGAUGGUAUGUACCAAUCAAAACCUGUUUCUGGUGAAAUGGAUUACCUCAGAUACCAUUGAAGUGAUGUGGUUCUCCAAGAAAUGCCAACUAACAAUAUGGAGCAGCAGUCUUGAUACCUUUUGGACACAGAAAACUAGAAAUAUGCAGAAUCUAUGGUUCUGCAGAUAACUUCAGGCACGCCUCUCUCCUCAUAGAUGAAAAAACGAGUUUUAAUGAAACUCAAAAUACAAACCACAGCUAGUAACUCAAAAUACUACAGUUGAUGGAGCUGCUAAACUUCUGUCAGAAUUUCCCGUGAUGGUGGAUAAAAGUCAUGUCUAGAAAAUUUGGAAGAGGCGUACUUUGGGCCAAGUCAUUGACAACUAAACAUGGAUCUGUGUUUUGGUAGAGGUAGUCAUUUUACUAGGACGCGCACACAUUUAUUUGCAAAAUGCAUAUGUAUAAUCUGUUUCUACAUAUGUCCAAUUGCACAGUGCACUACCAUUUCAAAUGCUAGUGGUGUGAUGUCCUUUACUGUUGUAGUGUCAGAGAACGCUGAUUUGCUCCAAAGGAACGCAACCGAACAAACCAGCCAGGAAGACUUUAAAGUGCAAGCAAUGCUUAUUGCAUCAUCUACAGCUCUUGUCAUCUACAUAAUAUUUAUUAUAUUAUUUUGUGUGAUUUUUAUCAAGCACAGAAUUCCAAAAGGGUAAGUUUUCCAGUCAUGUACCGUGUCUGAUAUUUAGAUCCCUUUACAGCACCUCUGAACUCUCAGUGAACCAGAGGCAGAAACUGCAAUAUGGUCCUACAAUAUUCUAUCAAUUACUAGAUUGUGUGUUGGUUGGUAGAACACCUCCCCUUAUAAAUAACAGCCAUUGACAGGACUGUAUGCUUUUGGAUAACGAAAUUAAGUUCUACUGCAAACAUCAGAUUACAAAAUAUGCAAAAAUGUGAAGAAAGCUGGGAAAGGCUGCACAGGCAAAUGAAAAGUAAAAGUAGAAAUUAUUAAAAAAAUAUAAAUUAUGUUAUUUCCAGGAGUCUGUGUACUAAGUAUUUCAUUAUAAGAUGAAAUGCUCCUCUUUGUCAGUUCAAAUCUUGAAAAAAUUGAAGUUCAGUAAUUUGUUGCCAUCUUCAGUGGUAUCUGUUAAGUUUCUGCUGAAUUCCUCUAAUCAGAAUAACGUUUUUUUUGUUCUGUGUUGUAGGAAUUUUUGUCGUAUGUUCAGAUGCUCACGUGAACAACAGAAACCAGCUUCGGAGGCACGGGGUGGGAUAAAAGCAUUAGAUAUGCAGAGUGACUCACACAAGACAGGCUCAAUCUCAGAAACUGUACCCCUCAUGAGUUCAGUAGUUGAUAUGCCAUCAGUUUCUGAUGAACCAAAUCACAAUGAUAGUCCUUCAUCAGAGGACUAAAUGAAAAGUAAUAAUCUUAGUGAAAUGAUAUAAUCUUAGUGAAAAAUGAAAACAAAUAUAUCUAAUAAAAUAUAAAGUUACCAUGACCAAUAAGCUCUCAAACUCAUUUGCUGGCUUAUGUGCAACUAUGUUUUGAGAAAUCAAGGGGAAGUUGAGGUUGGAAAUUAGGAGACAUUUCUUUCCAGAGAGAAAUCCAGUCAGGCACUGGAACGGGUUGCCCAGGGAGGUGGUGGCAUCACCAUCCUUGGGGGUGUUUAAGGAAAGGCUGGGCAUGGUGCUUAGGGACAUGGUUUAGUGAGUGAUAUUGAUGGUAGGAGGGUGGUUGGACCAGAUGAUCUUGGAGGUCUUUUCAAACCUUAAUGAUUCUAUGAUUUUAUGAAAUAGUGCUUGUGAUUCACUAAAUAGGUAGCUUGAAGUCUCAUGACAGAAUAGAAUAAGCUUUAUGCUUUGACAGGAGCAGGAUAUAAAUUUCAGUUCUGAACACAAAUGUUUGCAGGCAAGCAUUAACUACUUCAGAAUAAAGCACCAGGGGGUACAACUCUGGCAAGCUCCACAUUCAAGUUGAAAAGGAAGAGCUGAAACACUGUCACAAUUACUUUCAGAAAGGAAUCCAACCAAUCCAACAUACGUGGCUUACACUGAGUAGAAAUCUUGUGGUGAGAUCUCUGAACAGUAAUUAUUUUCUAAACAAAUAUUUUCUGAGUGAAAAGUAGCAAAUGGAAUUUUGAAAUAUAUCUAGUUGUUAUUGUCUUUGGCAUCCAAUAUAGCAGAUUUCCUUUUUCCUGCCAUGUUACUGGUCAUCAGGAGACAGUUAACAUUAGCAGCCCGUUCUCAGUUAGUUUUUUUCACUCUUUUUAUAGUUAUUACUUUCAUGUUUUUGGUGUUUUGAAACUGUGUUUGAUCACCUGAAAUUAAAGUGUUGCCUUAAGGAUGGUAUUGAAGCUCACCCCACUAUGUGUGUGUUGACAAUAUAGAUGACAUAACCUACAAGAAAUAAUAGGAAAAGAAUGCAGAACAACAUAUAAAGAUGCUAUAAAGGAAACAAAUUUCUACAAAUAUAUUCUAUGUUAUAUACAUAUAUUCUACAAAUUCCCAGUUAAUUCACACCGUGAAUAUUGAGAGCAAUGCUGGUCCCUUAUUCUUGUUUUAGAAAAGGUUGGAUGUGGUGCUUAGGGACAUGGUUUAGUGUGUCACAUUGGUGGUAGGGUGAUGGUUGGACCAGAUGAUCUUGGAGGUCUUUUCCAAUGUUAAGGAUUGUAUGAUAGUAUAUGACAAAAACAAGAAAAAGGUUCAUGGCAUGGCAGCAGAGACCACCAUACAUCAUGGAAAUGCUUCAAUAACGCAACCAUAAAGCCAGCUAGAAAAGAGCAAGUGUUGGAAGGAGAGUGGCUUUAAGACACUCAUAGUAAAACAGGUAGCCAACAACCACCUGUGCCAGCAAGAGGACCGGUGUGCUCCAAAUGGCAUAGCUGGGAGCCAGGCUGGAGAUACCCUUGUAGAAGACCACGGGCAGGCUGGACGAGCCACCACAUGCUGGCAGCGAGAGACUUUCACUGAAAUCCCUCAGCAUAAAGCUCUCAAAGACCCUGAGGGCUCUGUGGUGAAGGUCUCCUCACCUCGCUCACCUCUCAGGGCAAGCCCUCUGCCACCUCCCCUCCGCGGCAGCCCCGCCCGCUUCUCCCCAUUCUGCAGGCGGUAGGGACGGGCUGUGGCGACGCGGUGCCGGGUCGCCCCUCGCCCCCCGACGGCUGUCAUGUUUCGCCCCGCCGGCUACUUCUCCGGCUUACCCUGCCCGUUCCACCAGGCGGAGGACGGCAGCUGCCGGCGCCCGCACUGCCAGUACCUGCACGAGUCGUGGCGGCAACCAGCGGCCGAGAGGCAUCCGUCUGCCGUCGGGGGACCCUCGGAGGGGCUGUCUAUCUCUUCCAUAACAACAGAAGAUGAAAAUGCUAAGCAGCAGUUGGCUAAGCCAACAGAACUAUUUCCAUGUGAAUAUCAAGAGGCGAAUUCAGAAGCAUCUCCAUUUAGGAGGAAAUUCAGAAAGAGGUCAAGAAGCUGUUCCCCAGUGGAACCUGAAGAAUCUGAUGAUGAAUGUGAUCUUGUCAUUGAUGAGCCAGCACUUGUUAAUAAAAGACCAAGAAAAAAUAGGAACUAUAAAAACUUGAAUAGAGAAGAAGAACUGGAUGAUGUAAUACAUGCAGAAGAAUUGCGUGGUAGUAUCAUAGCAGAUGGUCCUGGGUAUACACCAGGAAAAUCAGAAAAAAGAGCUGAUUUGGAGAAGAGUGGCAAAUGUUUAAAUGAAUCUGAAAAAGCAGGGAGUGUUUCUCUGAAAGCAAACAAAAUUUAUUUGCCUGAUGUAAACACUGAAACACAGAAGAUUUCUGAACAGAGAGAGAGGCAUGGUUGUAACUCACAGAAACAUAAAUCUGCUUCAGCUGAGGCAGAUGUGCAGAAGAAGAUUCUGAAGCAAGAGAAAGCAGAAAGCAAUAUAUUGGUCAAAGAAUUUGUUCAGAAAUAUACUGGUAGUGAAAAGGGUGUGGGCAGUGGAGGAGUAACAAAGUCUGUCUUGUGUUCUAGUCACUCCUCUGGAAAUGAAAGUACAAUAAAAAGACCUGGAAAGCAAAUAAUACUAGAUACAAAGAAAAGUUGCAGCACUGAUAAAAAAUUGGGGAAAAGCCCAAAGGAUACAUACUCGUAUCCAACUGAUUUCUUAAACGUGGACAAGGAGGCUUGCUCUGGUACAAUUUUACAGACCAAAAACAUUGAUAAAAGCAGUUCUGUUCAACCUGUGUGCAGAAACAAGAAAGAAGGUGAAAAAAUUCUGAGUUCAUCUGCUGAAGACAUGGAAUCCAGUGGGGAGGACACAGAGAUCUCAGAAUCAGAUGAUCCUAUAGAGGAGUGUCGGAGGAUUUUCGAGGAGUUUGAAAAAGAGGCACAAAAGAAAGACAGUGAUAAGCAGACUCAUGAAAAAAAUGUGGAUGCCAGUUUAUUAGAAACCGAAGUUAAUGUUGCUGGACAAAAGAGAAGAAUUACAGACAUCCCAAAAUUUGAUGUAUGUAACAAAAAUGAAAUGGAGCCUUUCAAAAGAUCUCCUGUGCAGCAGGGUCCGAAGAAUCCAAGAAUCCAGACAGCACAGUUGAAAGCAAGGGAAUUAAUAGCUUCUAUUGCUACUGAUUCUGGACAGGAGAAGUCUAUGUCUAAACAGUCAGCUAUUCAAAUCCAAACUUCUUCAGAUUUGCUUGAAGUUCAGCCUGUUGAAAUCGUCAGUGGUCAACUGCAUAAACCAAGUAAAGGAAAUGCUGAAAUAGCAAUGCCAUGCAAACUGUCUGUUCGUUCAAUUGAAAAGACCGCUCUCAUGCUAUUUGAGGGUUACGUUAAGAAAAAACCUUUCAUUCCUGAAUCAGCAUCUAAAGUACCACGGGAGAUAAGGCAGCGAUAUUUCAAACUUUUUUUUGAACAUUACCUCAAAAUUUGUAGCACGGUGGAUGAAGCUGGUGGCAAGGCCCGGAUAGAAGAGCAAUCUAUUUAUGAUCGUUGUGGCAGUAAAAACAUGUACUUGAAUUUUGCUGUAAAGACAGUGAAAAAACUGAGAGAUCAUGGGCAAUCUAGUGACAUCAAGACUCCCAGUGGUGCUGGAUCUGUAAAGGCAGACAAUGAGAAAGAACUCACAGGUGAUGUUCUGUAUGAACUUUUAAAAGAUUACCUUUUAACUGAGCAACAGUUGAUUGAAAAUAACUUCCCUCGACCAAAUCCUGAAAAAAAUGGUAGUGCUAUAUUUCGUGGAGUUAGAAAAAAAGUUGUUUCAGAUAAGUUCCGAAGAACAUGCUGUAGGUGUGGUGAAGUAUUUACUGUUAGUUCAGGAAAACAUAGACUUAAAGAAUGCAACUACCAUUCUGGUAGGCUAUUGGAACAAAGAGUUGCUGGUGGCUUGGAAAAACACUAUAGCUGUUGUGAAGGAAUAGUUGGGUCUCCUGGGUGCCAGAUUGCAAAGCUUCACGUUCAUGAUGGGAGAAAGGAGACAUUGGAUGGCUUUGUGAAGACAUUAAUUAAAUCACCGCCUUCUGAUAAAAAACAUGGUAUAUAUGCCCUGGACUGUGACAUGUGUUAUACAAGCCAAGGCCUGGAACUUACUAGAGUCACAGUGGUUGAUGAUAAGCUACAGGUUGUCUAUGAUACGUUUGUUAAACCCCAUAAUGAAGUUAUAGACUACAAUACAAGUUUCUCAGGAGUAACAGAAGAUAACUUGAAGAAUACGAAAACAACUCUUCGGGACGUACAGGCAGUACUGCUGAACUUGUUCAGUGCAGAUACAAUUUUGAUUGGACAUAGCUUAGAAAAUGAUUUCUUCGUUCUCAAGCUGAUACAUGACACAGUAGUGGACACAUCAAUAUUAUUUCCUCAUCGGUUAGGUCCACCUAACAAAAGAGCACUUCGGAGUCUGAUGGCUGACUACCUCAUGAGAAUUCAUCAGGGUGAUGUUAAUGGCCAUAAUUCAACUGAAGAUGCAAUUGCAUGUAUGGAACUGAUCUUCUGGAAAAUAAAGGAGGACAAAAAAAGGAGAAAAUAGUGAUGAUUUUGACUUUGAAGGAACUGGAUGGUGGGACUAAAAUUCUACUUUGGUUUGACUCGCUAAUGACUGUAAUUUGACUCUAAAGCUUCAGUAGCAAUUAUUUUUCAUGUGUAAAAGAGUGCAGUGGGAAAACUUAAUGUAAAAAUCAUACUUCAUCUACUUUUGAUGCUUAAGAUGAACAUAAAUGCACAAAAUAGAAGUAGGAUACACUGAGCGAAUGCUUUUGUGUUAAAUAGCAAAUCUGUUCUGUUAAAAUAAUACUUUCUGUAAUCAUCUAUCAUUAAUCAUUAAUUAAUCAUUAAUCAUUACUAUUAUACGUAGCUGUAUAUACCAAUCACAGUGACUGAAAGCACUUGUUUAAAGUUCUGGAGAUAAUUUGAUUAUUUCUUGUUCAGCCUCCAGCAAAUAAUGCUUAAGUGCUCUAAUUACUAUUGUGUGAUGAAAGGUUGAUUUAAGAUUUUUUUUUUUUUCUCCCUUUCCCUAUCUGCUUCUCUCCACCUCUCUGUGCUUCCUGAGAGAGGGAAAAUAAACCUAGCUACUUCAAUGAACUACUAUGUUAAUUGACACAAAAAGGCACAGUACUAGAAAUUGGAUCAUUUAUGGAGCAUAAUAAACUGGUCUCUUUAAAAAAUAAAUAAUAAAUAAAAAAGACCAUGUAAGACCAUGGAAGCUUUUCAACUGUGAAAAUUCAGUGUGCUUUUCUGGCUUUAUUGGGGUUCCUAAAAGCACAGUUAUCUCAAGAAAUAAGCAUGCUUAUUGCUUCAGCUAGAAUUGGACUAUACUAUAAGCUGUAAUUCCUUGCCUCCCUCUUAAAGCAAAAUGCAGCAUCUGCUACCUUCACAAAGGGAUGUAAGUUCAAGGUUUUAAAGUCUUGUUGCCACUUCCGUGUGAAGGAAAUCAAAUACAAUAAAAAGAAAAUGUACAAAACUGUUUUUACAGGAUCGUAAAGAUGAAGAUAUGGCUUUGCAUUGAUUCCUGAAAAAAUAUUCUGUGUGUGGGGAAAAUGGUCUUGACUGAGGUGUCUGUAACAUGAGUAGCAUAGAGAAGAUCUUGCAGUUGUCAUGGACAUGCUGUGCAUAAUAACAACAAGUAAACUGCAUGACUAGAUUUAUAUUGAAAAAAAAAAAACAAAAAACAAUGUGCUUGUUUUUAUGCUUUUUCAGUGUCUAGGGCAUGCCUCAUGUUCGGUAAUAUACUGUGAGGUAGUAGCUGUGGUUAGAAGUAGUGUUACUUGUUAAUUGUCCUUUCUCCAAUACUCAGAUUGUGGCUUAAAUAAAACACCUUACUACAGCUUA